AACGAGAGUUGGACAAAGUUGUACACAUAUUGUAUAUAAGAACGGGCUGAUGAGCACCUUGACUCGUUAUCGGCUUUUGAAUGACCCAAAACCUCAUGUAGUGGGUAUUGCGUGGGUCGUAGAGUGUGUAGAGCAGAGAUCGCGCAUAGAUGAAGAAAAGUACAAGGUAGAUCUUGAUGGUAUUAACGUGGCUGGUACGAACAAGCGCCGACGAUCCAUGUUGCCAAAACACAUGUCCCCUAUGGAAGACGACUUCGGUCGAGCUCCAGCUUCCUCUGAACAAGACAGAGACGAUGGUGACCAAGCAGACCUAUCGAUGGAAAGCACCUCACCUUCGAUGCCUCUGAAGGAUAAUGAUUUAGCACCACUGGAGAAGGCUAGGAGAAGGAGCAUGUUCAUGGGUCGACCAUAAUCGAUCCUUAUUCUUCUUGAUAUCGCGUCAAUUGCUUUUCCUCGAACUUGAAGGAUGUUGUUUCUCUUUGCUAAUUUUUGUGCUUCUCUGAUGUCAUCGUCCUUAUACCUUCCCUUGGAAGGAUAUUGUUACAACCUAGAGGGCGCUUGAUAUAUUUUAGAGGAUUUUUGAUUUUUGUAUGGAUUUUCAUGUCGUCACCAAUAUAAUAUAUCACUACUGCAAACUUAGCCACAAGUAGAGCUUU